GACUACGACUCCCGGCAUGCUCAGAGACCACGGGAAUUAACCCUUCAGGGCCCGCGGCUGCCCUGCGCCCCGCCUCCGCCCCUUACCUGGACCCCGCAGGAACAAAAGUAACCAGCAACCUAUCCCCUCUUCCGUACGCCCCCCAUCGACUUCCACCCUUCCCCAGCGCCCCCAGCAAGCCAACUGGCUCCCUGCCCCUGCCCCCGCCCCUUGACAUCCCAGACUCCCUGGCUAUUUAAACAGAGAUGGGUGCCCCCAUCAGCACACUGUCCUUUGGCCACCGGACAUCAUGCCUCCCAAGAAGGAUGUUCCCGUGAAGAAACCAGCAGGACCCUCUAUCCCCAAGCCUGCUGCCAAGCCAGCAGCAGGGGCCCCUCCAGCCAAGACCAAGGCUGAGCCAGUGCCAGCACCAGUGCCAGCUGUCUUUCCAAUCCUUGAGAAAAUUGAGAAAACCCCGGAGCCCCCCAUCGAUCUCUCCAAAGUGGUGAUCGAGUUUAACAAGGACCAGCUGGAGGAGUUCAAGGAAGCCUUCGAGCUGUUUGACCGAGUAGGGGAUGGCAAGAUCCAGUACAGCCAGUGUGGGGAUGUGAUGAGGGCCCUGGGCCAGAACCCCACCAACGCCGAGGUGCUCAGGGUCCUGGGGCACCCCAAGAGUGAUGAGCUGAAGUCCCGGCGUGUGGACUUUGAGACUUUCCUGCCCAUGCUCCAGGCAGUGGCCAAGAACCGGGACCGAGGCACAUACCAGGACUACCUGGAGGGGCUUCGGGUGUUUGACAAAGAGGCGAAUGGCAAAAUCAUGGGAGCAGAGCUCAGACAUGCCCUCACCACCCGGGGAGAGAAGAUGAGUGAAGAGGAGGUGGAGGCAGUUCUGGCAGGACAUGAGGACAGCAACGGCUGCAUCAACUAUGAAGCCUUCCUGAAGCACAUCCUAAGCGCCUGAGCUCCACAGGUGCAGUGAGGUCGGACACUGCCCCCCCGCGCCCCCCGCAGGCGAAAGCAAGUUCCUGCCACUAGGAGGCUAUUGUUUCAAAAUAAAGAGACGGUUCCUCCCUUGG